GCUUUUUUGCGCGCUUCCCCGUUGAGCUGCUGCCUUGAUUCUCCAAUGAGAGCCGGCCGGAGGGGCUCCGAGGAAGACUUCUUCUUAUUGCCCAGGAUCGAAAACCAGCCUGGGAUGACCUCAGGCUUCCUUCAGGCUGUUUGAGCAGCGGUCAAAGGGAAUCUAAUGGAAGCCAUGUCCCCGCAACAGGAUCACGUCGGCCAGGGGCAAUCUUCCUCCCUGACCGCGGGGAAUCGCCGCUCCGCCGCGCCGGAGGCCAAAAAGCAGAAAAUGAAGAGCUUGGCCCAAAGACGCCAGUCAGCACCAUCCCUGGUUCUCAGCAAAGCUCUGACCAAAGCCAGAACAAGUGCCAGGGAAGGCUGCUUCUCCCCAAUCAGUCCGGAGACAUGUCCACUGGUCCAAUCCUUCCUUUCUCCAGCUCGAGCAUUCCUACUGGAAGGACAUGUACAACUGAAGACAGGUCUGCAGACUCAGGAACGACACCUGUUCCUCUUUACUGACAUCCUUGUGAUCGCUAAAUCCAAGUCCCAGUUGCAUUUCAAACUGAAGAACCAGGCCCGCCUGUCUGAAAUGUGGACUGCUUCUUGCUUGGAAGAGGUCUGUGAGAGCAGCACUAAUGCCGACCGAUCUUUUGUUUUGGGAUGGCCCACAACCAACUGUGUGGCUAGUUUCAGUUCCGUCGAGCAAAAAGAGAAGUGGUUCACUUCCCUUCAAAGUCGAAUCAAAGAAGAGAAAGCAAAAGAUUACCCCAAAAGUAUCCCGUUGAAGAUUCUUGCAAAGGAUAUUGGAAAUUGUGUAUAUUCAAAAACCUUAACCAUUACUAACCUGGACACAGCAAACGACGUGAUCCUCUUGGCCCUCCAGCAGCUCGGAAUUAAUGGUUCUGAAAAGGAUUAUCAGCUCUGGGUUAAUUCUGGGAAAGAAGACGCCCCUUAUCCUCUUAUUGGUAAGUGUACAAAAAGCGUAUACGUUUCUGUCCUUGUACAGUUUCUCAUCGAAAAUUGCUGCAGGAUCUUUGGGGAAGAACUUACUUCUGUCUUUGCAGAUAUUAUGCCCAAAAAUGACAACCGGGAAGAUGGUUCAGAUCUCUCUUCUUUUCAUCUGAAUGACUCCUCCUACGACAGUUUGGAAAACGAACUAAACGACUGCGCGGACCCCGCAUUUGACAACCUUUUUAAAAAACGAGGGAAAGAGAACAGGAGCAGAGACUCCGUUUUGACCUUGAGCGACUGUGAUUUGGACUCGCCAGAAGCUGGAGAUGCUCAGAUUAAAUUGUCAAUCAAAUCUCAGCCAGUAUCCAUUUCUGUGGGCUUCCAUCACAAAUCCUCGUCACGGGAGCAUUCGGAGAACGAGUCUCUGUGUUCCGUCACCUCAGGUUAUUCAUCAACGGCCAUCUCAGACGUUCUGAAGAGCUCAAGGAGGCACAGGCGCUGUUCAGAGCCCACGAUUGGUCUUCUUGACUCCAAGUUUACACCGCUCGGUGGGUUUCACGAAAGUGCUGUGCGCAAAGCCAGCUGCGAUGCUGUUCUGUCCCACACAAAUGAAGACUAUCUCGAGCAGUUUCGUUCUCUCCAAGUAGAAGGCCAGAAACUUAUCAAUCAGAAUUUGGUCAUGGGGAUAGAAGUAAGCAGCAAGGAUGGUCCCGAAAGUCGUAUCAGUGAAAAGAAAGAUGUUUCUAACCGUCUCCUCCUGCCGCCACCACUUAGGUUAAAUAUUUGCUCAAGGACUAGCUGUUCUAGCCUCUCGUCCCCAGGAACGUCCCCAUCAGGGUCUUCGAUGAGCUCUCUUGAUAGUGCUUUUUCCCAGUUUUCGGACUAUUCGGUGUUUACCCCAACCGAGGCUUCCUCUCCUCUAGACUGUGCCUCUCAGCCACAGAGGAAAUUUGGAGAGGCUUCUCCUGAUUUUAAUCCCUUUUCAGGAGGCCACCUUGGAUCUGGAGUUAGCGCUUUUUCUAACCAAGCCAACAAUAACCAAACCAGCAGCUUGAUACCUAUUAAGAAAGACAACCUGGAAUGGCUUCCUCACAAAAACCCGGUCACUCUGCACCCCAGCACAUGGUUGAAAAGCGGUGCUUCCACCAUGAAAAACUGGACUCUACGGAAAAGGGAAAGAGCCUCCAAGCAGGAUGAGAAAAAGAACACUUCCGUGAAAAUAACUUUGGAGUCAACAACAUUUCCCUCUGAGAGUAAUUUAGCUCAGGGGCAACAAGGAACGGGCAACGUUUGUGCCACUGAUGUCAAUUCUGUGGCGGGGCACUUGGGAAAUGGAUCUCCUCAGGACAUUGGGCAGUUCACUAGCCUUCCUUUUUGUGUCAUGGAGGCCCAGGAGAAACGGCUAAAGGCCUUGGAGCUUUUAGCAGAGCAAAGCAAGGAAGAGGAAGAAGAGGAAAAUUCUACAGUGUUUCUUCCUCACAAACCACCACCACCCAGUCUUAAGCCACAGUCUCAAAAUAAGCCCAAGCCAGAGGCUGAUUUGGGGGCUGACCAUCAGGGGGUCACAGAGAGAAAGUUAAACGAAACCGCACGUUUCCCAGGAGUUGCGGUCCAGCAAGCAGCAGAUUCCAAAACUGAUAAAUCUUCAUUGAGCAGACAGCCCAAAGAUGCUGACAUCAACUUGGAAAAUGAAUGUUAUGCUUCUUCACACCCCUCAGUCAAGGCUGAGGAUGAAUGCUCAUUUCAAAUGGCUCCAAAUCAUAGCUUUUCCAAAACCCCGGAGGGAACUGAUGCUAAUAAAAUGGAAUGGCUGAAAAAGUUGUGCAGUGAUCCCAAAUUCAAGGAUACAGACCAGAAUUUUUUUACAGAGGAAUCCUACGUUUGAGCAGCGGAUAUCAAAGAAUGUUAUUUCAAUUUGACUUGGUAUUGCUUUAAUAUCCAAGGAGGUGUCGUCUUCAUCAGGGAACGGAGGAAGCUAUUUGAGUGGAAUGGUUUUCUUAGCUAUAUUCCUGCAAUUUUCAAAGACAUUUCCUGGUAUCUAGGAAGGUCACAUGGCACGUUUUAAGAGAAACACUUGAUUGUAUAACACUUAGCAAACACUUGUGUACGUGCUUGCUAUGUAACUUUUUAAAAAUAGCUCGGAUAUAUUCUGGACAUUGUAAAUUUAUGUUUCGUGUCCAUGGUGAUUUGGCUGUAAUGUGUUAAAAUCGGCUUGGCCUUCAUAGCUUUGGUAUUGUAUUGCUCUUUUGAAGCCUAUGGUCCAUUUCAUUGUUCUCCAAGAAAGGAUGUCUUAAAGUUUUAGGAGGAGCUUGUUCAGUAAUUGCAGUCAUUUUCUUCCUUUACCAAGAGGGGAAAAAAAUAAUAAAGGAUGACUUUUGACCUUUUUUGUAACUUAAAAGUCCAAGUUAUAUGUAUAUCACCAUUCUAUGUUCCAUUUGGCUAUUGAUUUUUAUUUGUCCCAUAUUUCUUUUUUUUUAUAAAGAUGCUCUCCAAUGGCAUUACAUUUUGCUGGUGGUGGUAGUGAUGGCAUUGCAGGCAGAGCUUACAUAAGUAUUCUAUGUGUCUUUAUUAUAAUAUAUUGAAAGUAAUGCAGUUAUCUUCCAAAAGCUUCAAGAUUGUAUAAUAUAUCUUCGUAAUUUUUUUUUUUUUUUUUUUUUUUGCUAUUGUAUAUGUUCUGAAAUAAAUGUGUAUUUUUGUACAUGUGGAAAAUACUCGCCUUUUGAGUGGGUGGGCUCUGGCAGGGAUGUGUAACCUUUCACUGAAUUUUGAAAUACAGAAGUGCAUGCAGUCCUUGCUUAAUGACCAAAAUUGGGACCAGUAACUUUGAUGUUAAGUGUUGCAGACAUUAAGAGAGACAUCACAGGACUGCAACAGACUAACAAUGUUAUUUCUGCCAUGGUUGUUAAGUGAGAUAUCAUGCGACCUUGCAAUUACAAUGCCCUUGACUCUGCUUGUGGAAGCCAGCUGUGAAGUGCACAAAAGAUGAUCAUGUGACUAAGGGAUGCUAUGACAGUCAUAAAUACAGUUGUACCCCGGAACUCGUUGUUAAUUGGUUUUGGGAGACAUACUGAGGACUAAAAAUACGUACCAAACAAACAAUGUGACUUACCACUUCACCCUUUGUUUUGGCCAGGAAGGACUUUCUGUCUGUCCCUUUUCCUAUGUCAGAGACCUUCCCAGCAUGGCCGACUUCCUGUCCGCAUUCUGGGGCCGUCCCCCUGCUUCCUUUUCUAGUGACAUUCCCAGCAUAGCCAACUUAUACCAGAUCAAGAGCAAAUCAAACGAGAAAAUUAAAAUAGGUCAUCAGUCUCCAUUUUUGCAACCCUGUGAUUUCUUCUUUUGCAUUCCCAGUUCCCUUCAAGGACAGCUCUUCUUCUACUGUGAACUAAGCCUUGAACUGCUUGAAUGGAUUAUUCAGUUAAUGAGGCAGGAAGUCAGCCAGUAAAACAACUUCUUCUCAGCUUGUUUCCAUUUUUUUUUAAAGUUGUGCUAAAGAAGAGGAAAGCUCUGACAUUGACAUUGGGAGGCUGUAAUUUUGGCUCCUAUUGAUUUGGUGUUUUGUUGUGGAGGGGAAAACUCAUAGCCUUCAGACCACCAAGAACUUUAGAAUAAUUAUAAUUUCUCACCCAAGAAUGGGUGCUGCUUUGUGGGCUCAGGGCUGCCCACAUACCAUGUGUUUUUCUUACCCAACAGUUAUUUGAGCAUAUGGAAGGAACUUCUAUUGAUCUGUUCAUAAUGGAACAUGCUGGGUAAUUUUAAAAUUUGAGCGACUGAAAAGUAACCCCCCCCCCUUCAGAGGAGAGUCCCCUCAAUCUGGGAUUUUAAAUUGUUUUGCUUUUAAAUUGAUUUUAAAUCACUGCACUGUUUCCUUUAAACCAGAUGGAUAAGGAAGGUGGUAUCUCUUAAAAUCUAUGAUUCACUAACAAGCAUCCAGUUCAAAACUGGGACUAGGACAAUUAGACUGUUUAUCCAUUGUACCUGAGAUGGUUAAAUUUGUAUGCGGCAGGAAUAAAACUGCACA